AUGAGAAGAGUUUAAUCAGCUGCACCAAAUUUAGAAUUCUCCAUGGAGGAUAUGUUCAGAAUAGCUACAAAAUAAACGUCUACUUUUGGAAUCGAAGGAUAUGAAGUUACUAAAAAAUAUGCCGACCCACUCAAACAAAUGGAAGAUAGAAAGUUUUCAGCUUAAAAGAAAGGUCAAAAGAAUUUAGGCUAUGUAACUAAAAGAGGACAUUAUUUGGAAGAUCAAAAGAAAAUUUAUGAAAAAUUGCCAGCUCCAAAUAAAUACGAUAUUGUUAAGCCUUGGGUGACUGAAGCAUAAUCUGCUCGUCCAAGGACAGCACCCCCAAAAAGGUAGUUUUAACGAUUUAUUAACUUAGAACAACAUUUAUAGAUUAAAUAUUUAAGGGAAGCAAAAUUAAGAGGGGUUCCAGGAUCUGGAAAGUAUAACGUAGAAAAACCAUUGGAUGAAGUAUUGAAAUAAGUUGAAGAAUAAAAAAAGAAAAAAAUUGAAGCUGGUGAAAGACCCACCUACUUAAAUGAGAUACAACACUUAGCAGUUAUCAACCCAGGCCCUGGAAACUAUAAUCCCAGACCGAUAUCUAAAAAAUUGAAGAAAAAUGAAACGAAGCCUGCUGAUUUUAUAGCUAAACAUGGUGAAUAAGCAAAAAAAAGAGGAAAAUCAGCAAUGCCUGAUGUAGGUUCAUAUAAUCCAGAACCAGUUUCAUUUACAACAUUUAAUAAACUAUAAGGAAAUUCUAAAAAAAAGGAAAGAGUUGAUAAGCAUACUUUUGGAACUGAUGUGAGGUUCAAAGAUCCUAAAAAGAGCAAAUCAAAAUAAGGUUUGCUACCUGGGCCUGGUCAAUAUCCUAUGAUUGUGUAAUGGCAAGGGAAAGAAUAAGACAAAUCAAAAGCCAAGAUAAAGAAUUAUAUGUAAUCCACAACCAAGGGAAUAUAAAGAUCAAUAUAUUAUUGAGAUGAUGAUAUUUUUAUAAAUUUUGAUUAC